AAUGCUACAGUCUUGUGUAUUAGUUACUGCCGGCGUGACAAUUCGCUGUAACGACGUCGAUCAGACCGCGGAUAUCCACUUCGGGAUCGCGGUACUCCUAAUACUGACGUCCUGACCUAAUCCCGUUUUGUCUCGUCGCACACCAUCAUGGAACAGUUGAAUUGGAUGGCCGAAUACGCUGCGUUCGCCGUCAUGCUCAGCAUGUCUGUGUUCGUGGGGCUGUACUACGGGUGCGUGGACGGCAAACAAAACACAAUCAACGAAUACUUACUGGGCGGCAAACACAUGGCCGUGUUUCCCAUUACCAUGUCGAUGAUCUCUAGGUAGGUACAGUGAAUCGUGAAUUUACCGUGGCCGAGUAUCAUAGUUAUUACUAUGAUAAAGUGCUAUAAAUAUAAUGCGCUACAAAGAAAACCUACAGAGACCUCGUUGUAAUGUGCAUUAUAUUUAAAGAAAAAAUAAACCAAAUGAUAUAUUUUAAAUAAGCUGCAUAUGUCCAAAACAAAUGAAACUAUUGAAAUUGUAUUCGAUUUUGUCGGCAAGUUAAAAUAUUCGUUCUUAAAUCAUUAUUAUUUCAAUGUUUAAAUUAUUCACAAAUGUUUGUCAUUACUUUUAAUUAAUUUUUUGAGAUAUUUUUUUUUACAAUUUUCUUUGUUUAAGAUAAUUACAUUUUACUAAUUACUAAUUUAUCAACUACUAUCUAUGAAAAUCUAAUAUUUAAUGAUAACUGUUGCAGUGGUGGAUAUAAGGUAGGACUGACAGGACUAUUACCCCCCCUUGUGCCAUCUUUUAUUUAUGUAGUAUGUAAUUAUAUAUACAUAAUAUCUUAUAUUCUAUAAUUGUUUACAUUGACUCUAGCUUUACUAUUGCUACAUAAUAGUGUAAAUAAUUCUAAUGACAAUAAUAAUAAUAAUUUUUUUGUCCGUGACAACCACAUUAUCAUUCAUAUCACCAAAGUAACCCAUAGAUAAACAAAAAUAAAUAAAUAAACAAUUAUAAGAUAUUCGUACCAAAAAUACUUAGAAAUCUAAUUAUUACAAUUUUCGUAGAGAUCUCUAAUUUUUCUGAAAAUAAAUACAGCCCUCGUUAUUCGCUGAAAAUGUAGCUUUUUAUAGGUGAAAUAAGUUUUAAAUUUGAUUAAGCAGUUUUUGUGCUUAAUGCUUAUUCAUUACGAACAUAAAAACUAAUCUUUUCUCUUUAUCUUACGGAUAUUAUAAAUAUGAAAGUUCGUGAGGAUGUAUGGAUGGAUGGAUGUUUGUAACUCUUUCACGCGAAAACUACUGAAUGGAUUUUGAUGAAUUCUGGUUUAGAGAUGGACCUUGGAAAAACACAUAAGCUACUUUUUAUCGCGAAAAUAAAACUUGAAGGAGUUGAAAUAGGAGAUGAAAGGUUUUUGUGUAUUUUUGGUACAAAAAUUAAAUUAUUUUUGUUGAAUUAUGGAUUACCAUAUUACCAUAGUAACACGGAUGAAAUGAAAAAAUAAUAAUAAUAAACAGAAAUAAAAAUGCCAUAACAUUUAUAAUAAUUUAAAGUAAAGAUUCUAACUGACUGAAUGAAAUGAAUGAAAUGAAAAAUAAAAAACUCUGUGCUGUACGCAUAUACUGGGUGGGUAAGUGAAAAGUGAAAACACGUAAAACGUCAUCCUUGAAUUUUUGUAUUUUUUGGUACAGUAACAACACAACAGUACUAUAAUAUGUCCUCAUAGUUUUAGUUUCUAUAACGGAUAUAUAGAAAAAUAAGAAAAUGUAUGAUAAACUAGAACACUUUUAGUCCGUGGAAUACCCGCAUUACACCUUUUUUUGUUUUAGUUCAAUAUACUAAUACGGACAAAGUUAUACUAAAUAUACUUAAUAUACUAAAACGAAAUAAAGGUUAAUAGAAUAAAAAAUCAGUGCGGGAAAUGCCGGGCACGGAACAGCUAGUAAUAUUGUAAAUUAUGUAUUAUUUUUUCUAAAAAAAUAAAAUCGGACUCCUCCUCGAAGAACCUCUGGUUCCAUCACUGAAUUGUGGUUAAAAUUGUUUGUGUACAGUAUAUUUUUAUUUACCUAUUUAAUUAUUAGACUAUUAAACUAUUAAAUAUCCAAUUGUAUACGUACAUUUCCCCAGUCCCCCCCGCCUUAAACAAAAUAUUUUAUUUAUGUUUUGUAUUAUACCAAAUUUAAACCAUAUUGAUUAUAAUGAUUAUAUUAUUAUGUUAUGCUUUCAUUAAACGUUUUCAUCAAUAUAUUAAUUAUUUAUGAGUUAUGACACACAUUUAAAUUCAUAUUAAUAUUAUUCAUUUGUUUGGUAUCUUUAUUAUAUUACUUAAUUUUAAUUAUUAUACAUUCACACACAUUUUAUUUGUUUAAUAUUAAAUGAAUAAUAUCAAUGUUAAUAUUUAAAAAAAACAAUUAAAGGGUUCUGAAAACUUUUAGGCCGUCAGUAAACUUAGAAUAGUGGGCCGAACCCCUUCGAACCCACCCCUGAUAACAAUAUUGUGAUUUGUCGACUCAAUGGCCACUAAAAGAUUUAUUAAACAACAAAUAAUAUCGUCCUCCCUUUUUUCGAAAUCGCCAUUUUUUUUUUUUCAUUCCAAUAUUUAAUCAGUAUGUAUUUGUGUGUCCAUCCCCCGAAUUUGUACGGCAAUUUUUGUUGUAGUAAAUCAGUUUUUUACAGGGGGGAGGCUAGCGAAAUGCAUAUUAAAUAAUAAUAAUAAUCAUAAUAUGACAAAAUAUACAUAAGACUAACAUUAUAAUAAUAUAAUCUCGAAACGAAUAUUUUCACGCUGGUUAAGAAUCUAGUGAUAGUGUACAGGUAUAUAAUAUCUAUCGCAAAAAAAAUUACCGUUUAAAUAUAUUUUAUCUUUCAAUAACUAUUUUUCUUGGUUCUAGACAAAUAUUUAUUAUAUAAUCUAGAGCAGUAGUUCUCAAUCUUUUUUGAUUCGUGUCACCUUUAAUUACGAUAAUUGAACACUUCGCUGUCCUACUACCAAAAUAUGUAUAAUGUAUUAAAAUAAUUGGUUUUAAAAGAUUUAAAUUAUUGAUUUUAGAAAGAAAUGAUGAUUUUUUGUUUUAUAAAAGUUUCUAGUAAAAAAAAAAACCCAAUCAAACCAUUAUAUAUAGGGGGGGGGGUGACCGUAAAAAUAUGGGUAAUUAAAGACCCAUAUCUAUGUUAACAAAUUUUUCAAAAAUUGUUGAAAAAAUCAUUAAGUCAAGAAUCAUUUCGUAUCUAGAAAAAAACGAACUAUUAUCAAAAAACCAAUAUGGUUUCAGACCGGGUUUAGGUACGGAGAAUGCAUUAUAUGCGUUACCACAAUUUAUAUAUAAAGAAAUAGACAAUGGAUAAUAAAGGUUUAGCUGUCUUCUUAGAUCUAGCAAAGGCUUUUGACUCCAUACAUCAUGAUAUUCUUUUUAAAAUUCUACCUACUUUCGGAAUAAAUAAUCGCAAUCUACUUUGAUUUAAGAGCUAUCUAUCUUGUAAAAAACAAAAAGUAAAAUUAAAUGAUAAUACAAGUGAUGAAAGCUUUAUAAAAUAUGAUGUCCCUCUGGGUUGUGUGCUAGGGCUAGUUUUAUUUAUAGUAUACAUAGAUGCGGUUUGUAAAUUAAAAAUUGAUAAAAAAAUAGUAACGUAUGCUGAUGAUACCUGCCAAUUAUCCACAGAUAAUUCUUGGGAUAAUGUAUACCUUAAAGCUACGGAAGGUUUAAACCUAACGUAUAAAUAUUUAAAUAAAAUACGCUUGACUAUAAAUUAUCAUAAAAUUAUGUACCUAUAUGAAUUUUUCAAUAAAUAAAUGCAGUACCUACGAGUUUCCAUUAAUAAUUCAUAAUUAUAACAUCUCUACGAAAUGUAAUCCUCUAACUUAUUUACAAAUAAAAAAUACAUCAAAAAUUCGUUAUCUAGGUAUAAUUUUGGAUAAUAACUUAAGAUGGAACCUACUUAUCAACAAUUUAGUUUGUAAGCUACGUGCAAUAAUAUGUGAAUUAAUUAAACAAAUUCGAUAAUGUUGUUAUUUAUUUAUUUUAGUCAUAUAUCCGGUAUAACGCUACUCGGAGUACCGUCCGAGGUCUACAGCCACGGGACGCAGUAUUUGGUCAUGGCUCUAAUUAAUGUGUUUGUCAUCACCAUAACUAUUCAUAUAUAUUUGCCUGUGUUCUACGAACUUCAAAUCACAUCCGUUUUCGAGGUACCUAAUGUUAUUUUUUCUGCUUCUGACUUUUACUACUCUCUAACAGUUUUCACUAUCAAAACAUCAUCACGCUGUUUAUCCCAGUCUCAGAUUAAGUGUCUCCAGUAUUUCAUUUCCAGAUUUCUUAAAUCGUUUUCGAUAACAUCGAUCCUUUACCAUUAGUUUACCGUGAAGUACCUUUUCCUCAGACUUCAAUACUUCUCAACGUUGUUAUCUUCUCUUAUCUUACUAUUCAGCCUAGUACGGUCAUACGGUCUAGCCGAUGUAGCCAAAUGUAUACCAUGUCAUACACGCUCUAUACUCAUAUAUGUUAUUUUAAUAAUAGGUACAUAAUUUAGGACAAUCGAUUCUUUGAUAUUAUUACGUAUAAUUUGUAUAUUUUAAAUUGUAUAGUAUUUGGAACAUCGAUUCGGUACCAACAUCCGAGUAUUGACGUCGAUGAUAUUCGCUUUGUCCCAAAUACUAAUACUACCAGUAGUGAUUUACAUACCGGCGUUGGCGUUCAAUCAAGGUAAAUCUAUAUACAAAUUUAUCUUACCUAUACACACAAAACUUAAAGUUACUUUAGCUGGUAGAAAAAAAAAAUUGACUUAAAAAUGAUUUCUUAUUUUGUGUGGUAUACUGCAGUUACAGGACUCGACAUACAUCUAAUGACCAUCGUCAUGUGCAUCAUAUGUAUAUUUUACACAACGGUCGUGAGUAUGAUUAAUACUUCAAAUAAAUCAAUAAUAAUAUUUUAAUUGAUUUUAAUUUUAUUUAUUAUACUUUUGUUCAUUAAACAGGGUGGAUUAAAAGCGGUAGUGUGGACCGACGCUAUUCAAAGUGUUUUCACUACAGUUUCGCUUAUCUUCGUAACCGUAUUGGGAUUGAUAGAGAUCGGUGGGAUUGGUAACACGAUUAGAGAUAACCGAGAAAACGGCCGACUAGAAUUCUUCAAGUAAAUGCAUUUAAUAUGUUCAGAGUUACUUAUUAAAUAGUAACUUAAGUAAAAAAGUAACUCAUUUUGUUAAGGGAUUAAAAUUCUAAAAACUGGUUUAAAUUUGUUUUCCCUGUUGAAAACUUUAAACUGACAGCAAUGGAGAAUCUAUUUGAACGUUACUAUUUCGAAACUAACACAAUCUAUUUAUUUAUUUAACUUAAGCUAACCCUAGUGUCUCAGGAAAAAUGUGAAAAAAUGGAGGUCUUUUGUCUAGUAGAAUGACAAAUUAAUUUUCCCACAAAAACUGUGUUUAUCGGAAAGUAAUUUUUUUAAAUGAAACUUUUACUUACUUAAAUUUUGAUUCCUAUUAUUUUUAACUGCAGAAAACUCUCGUACAUUUGGUAUAAUGUUUUAGGAUGGAUCCUAACCCGUUUUUGAGAAACACGUUUUGGACCGUCGGUCUGGGCACGAUAUUCGGUUGGGUCACACAACUCAGCAUUCAUCCCGGAAUUGUUCAACGGUUCAUAUCAUUGCCCACGUACAAGAAAGCCCGAAAUUCGCUCAUUUACUUUUUAUUCGGCGUUGGGGUAGUGAUCACGUUGACCGGUAUCAUUGGAAUGAUAAUCUAUUCGAAGUACAAAGACUGCGAUCCCGUCAUGGCGAAUGUAAAUCCAUAAUUUACGUAUCUAAUACAUUUUAAACUCGCAUUACACAGUAUACAUGGAUAUUUUUGGACGGAAACCAACUUCAGCUAAACCGGUUGAAACGGGUUAAUAAACGGUUUUAGCGAUUUAUUUUAACUAUAUCCAGAGCGAGAGCGAUAAAACAAAAUACCGAUUUUCAAAUCCUAGAUUAAAGCCGAAGAUUAUUUGAACGGUAGAACCAAAACUGAAACAUUUUUUUUUUCUAUUGUGGUUAAUCGUUUAUAUUAAACAAUUAAUUAUUCUUAUUUUAUUUUAUGACUAUCUAAACAUAAAAUGAGCGUCGAUAUUACUAUAUAAUUCUGUGUAUAACAUAUAUUAAUUGAAUUCCACUUAAAAUAUUUUGUUAUAUUUAUAUACUGUAUAGUACAUUACGCACAUGUAUCUUUUCGUGAUUUCGUCCCUGCAGGUAUUAGACAUGUAUACCAUUGAUUGAUCGAUUAUAUUUUAUAGUAUAUUCAAAGCGAUAGGAACAUACUUCCGUAUUAUAUUAUGGACGUGGCAGCGAAUUAUCCCGGGCUCACCGGUCUUUUCAUUUCCGGUAUUGUAAGCGCUGCCCUCAGGUAUAUAAGAAUAUAUAUAUAUUUUUAUUUUUAUGUUCCGUCCAAUAUGGUGCGCAUUCGUUUUCCAGCACAAUGUCUGCACAACUGAACACCUUGUCCGGCACGAUAUACGAGGAUUUUGUCGUGAAAAUGAUGUCUGUAAAAGUUUCGGAAUUAACCGCGAGCAUUAUCAUGAAAUGCACGGUCGUAAUAAUCGGAUUCCUGUGCGUGGGUUUAGUGUUGGUGGUCGAAAAACUAUCGGGAAUCGUACAGGUAAAACAAUUUUAUACCUAUCCUAUAAAACUGUAUAGUAUAUAAGAUGCCGAGCGUAGCGCACAAGCUAUAGGUAUUUUUUUCUCAAAAAACCCUUUUCGGUUGGUAAAAAUCCUCAAUCCUAAAAAAAAGAUUUUCCAGUCUGUAGUACUUUAUUCGAUACAUUUUUCGAAAUCACAAACAAUUCACCCCGACUACAUUAACUCUCGGAAUUGUUUCUUGUUUACAAUCGUGAUUUAUUGUUGUUUACAAUAGAAUUGUCGUCAAAUCUUUCUCGUCUUUUAAAAAUUCCUACCAAAAUAAGUGACUUAUCCAGAGUGUGAAGUAUUUUGGCUUUUUUUUUUUUAGUUUGUAUAAUAUAUGUAUCAUUUAUUUAUCUAUAUAGAUGGCGAUAAGUGUAUGUGGCAUAACGAAUGGUGCUAUAUUGAGCGUGUUCACGCUGGGAAUAUGUUUUCCCCGGGCAAAUUCUAGGGUAAUAUGAAUUCUUGAUUUUACGUUUCCAAUAUUACAAAAUUUACCUGCAUAAUUUACGUAACUCAUUUUUAUAUAGGGAGCUAUAUGCGGAAUGAUGGCCAGUCUAGGGAUAAUGACUUGGAUUAUUGGUGGAGCUCAGUUGGCCAUCAUCAACGACGAAAUGAUAUUCACACAAAAAGACGUUUCGAUCGCUGGAUGUCCGGCCAAUACGACAUUCAAAAAUCAAACCGAUUAUUCCGGGUAAGUACCGGGUAAGGACGAUACGGUAUUUCAGUGUUUGAUACUCGUCGUCUUGCUAUCUUAUUCUGCUGUGAACCAGUUAAAUUAUUAAAACUCUGUAUACAAAUAAAGAAAACAACUUGUCAUAUAAACAUUUUUGAAGCAUUUCUUACAGACACCAAAGCGUAGGGAGAGCUAUAAGAACCAUAAAAUCAGGAACGUUCUGGAAAAAUACUACUGGUUACGUUACGUUAUUAUUAAUAAUAGUAUUAUUGUAAUAUGUUUAUGAUCGAUAGUAAUUUUUAUAUAUAUUUUGCUAUGAUAAUAAUAAUAUCUAUGUUAUGUGAUAAACUUGUAUAACAUGAAAAAAGAAAAAAUUCCGAUGGAAAAUUCGGGAAGUACGCAAAAUAAUUGUGAAGGGUAAAUGAUUUGGAUCCAGGGGAUUGGGUGCAGGAGACAUACAUGCGAUGUAUCAGUGAAAGUAUUGGAGGUCAUUGUUUUAGGAACGGUAAGAAAUCUUAAGAAGAUUUGGAAACUAUAGGUUUUUACUUGAUUUCGGGAUUUUACAUUUCGUAAUAUUACGUUCCAAACUUUUAAUAUUUCGUACUUUUGCGUUCCAAAAAUUCAAAAUCCGGAAUAUUACAUUUCUGGAUUUUAUCAUUUUGGAUAACAAUAUUCUGAAUAUGUUGACCUACCCUCAAGAGCAGUAAUCUAAUUUUUUUUUUUUUUUUAUGCGUUUCGUCAUUAUAGGAACAAAAUAAAUAUAAUAUUUCUUAUAUACUCUAUGUAUAAAACGAUACAUAUUUGAUAUUUUUUGUAGACAUUUGAUUAAAAUACUCUAUUUAAUGACUUACAGUUUAUUCAGCUACAAACUUGUAAUAUAAAAUGCUAGUUUUCUUGAUUCGGUAUAUUUGACGAGACUUUAUAUAAUAUAUUAUAAUACUCUACCUUUAAUUUUAAGGUUAUAUCUUAUGAACGAAGACGUUUACGUGAGUCCAAACGUUUGGAAAAUCCAUACGGUUUCGUACAUGCACUACAAUACCGUGGGCACACUAGUUGGCAUAGGGGUCGGACUGCUUGUCAGUUAUUUGUUUCCGACGGACCAAAAAGUCGACCUCAAAUUGUUGGCACCCUGUAUACGAAGAUUUAUGUAUCACGACAGUCCCAAUCCCGAGUGUUGUAGUAUGAAAGAGGUAAAACCAGCGAGCACCAUCAACACGGACGAAAAAUACGUACAUACUCAUGACACUAAAUUAUGACUGCUGUACUAAUUUUUUAUUAUUAUUAUUUUUUUGCUCAAGUUAAUUUUUUUAAAUACUUAAAUACUUAGGAUUUUUGUUAUUUUAUGUAAUGAUAAAUAAAUUAUUUUUUAUAAAA